GACCUCUCCUUGGAAAAGCAGCAAAUGCUGGAGAUGUUGGAAGAAAAUGAGGGCCAGCUCCUGCCUCCAACCAGCCCCAGCAAGGAGCAAAGCCCCAUCUGGGGACUGCAUAGCAGCCUGCGACAGAUCGAAGAGAAGAUGCAGCAACUUCUGGAGGAGAAAAUCCUGGCAGAGAAAAGGAUGAAGGAGAAUGAGGAGCGGUCCCGAGCACUGGAGGAGGAGCGGGAGUUUUACUCUUCCCAGUCACAAGCGCUGCAGAACUCACUCUUGGAGCUGACUGCGGAGAAGCAGCAGACAGAGAGAGACCUCAAGGCUGAGGUGAAGGUGCGCAUGGAUCUGGAGAAGAGACUGAGAGAAGCUGAGGAAGCAUUGCAGAGCUUGGAGCAAGGCUUAGAUUCUCUGGAUUGCAAUAAAGAGAAAGAGGAGAAGAUGAAAGCAGAUGUCAGUAACCUGAGAAAGUUCUUUGAAGAGUGCAUCCGCAACGCUGAGCUGGAGGCCAAGAUGCCUGUGAUCAUGAAGAACUCUGUGUACAUCCACAAGGCUGCCACUCGCCGCAUAAAGAGCUGCCGCUUCCACCGCCGGAGAGCCAGCGCUACGUGGAAUGACUUGAAGCAGUCCCAGUCCUUCAUCUUCUCGCACGCAGAAGCUGAAAACAUUGAGGAGCUGAAAGAAACAGCCAAAAGACUGAGCCGGGACCAGCACUUCAGGGAAACUCUCUAUCAAAUCAUGAGGUCACAAAAGGAUUCUGCUUCGGGGGACGAAAAGUGACUUGUUG